AUGUCGUCCAACGUCUCUCUAUUAGUCCCCGGUGAGAGCCACACGGCUGGUGUACGAGGGGGAGAAGCGGCCGCCCGAUCCACGGGGGAUACGACACCACCACCGGGCUCUCAUCUGAAACGGGAUUCCUAUGCUGUGGUGGUCGUCGGCGGUACCUUCGACAGGUUGCAUCCCGGCCAUCGAUUGCUCCUUCAGGUCUCUCUCUCUCUCUCUCUCUCUCUAUCUCCAUCUCGUAAGGCGGCAUCAUAAUCAAGGCGCGGUCAUUGAAACGUUUAGGCAGCUGCUGAAAUUGCCAGGGAACGUGUGGUCGUCGGCGUCUGCGACGGGCCGAUGAUCUCGAAGAAAGAGGCGAGCACUCGUUUUCGUUUUCUUCCUCUCACAGUGAUCUUCAUCCUUCAGGCCACUUUCGUCCAUGUUCUGCAGUAGCCCUAGCUUACGUAUGCAUCCGAUUCUUCAUAUCACCCUAACACAUGUAGUUCGCCGCAUUUUCUUCCAGCUCUGUCACUUGAUACAACCAGUCGAGGAGAGGAUUCGGGCCGUCCGAGACUACAUUCAGGUGCUUAUAUACAUUGCGUUCAAUUCACUCCAAUUCUCGCCGUGCUUUCGCGGCUGAGAACUCCAUUUCUGUAGAAAUCCCCAAAGAAGAGUCUGUAUCAGCGCCGGUUUAUCAUAUUUUUGAUUGCCCGCCUUUUCUUCUCGCAGUCAAUUAAGCCAGAUCUCACUGUGCAAGCUGAACCCAUCACGGAUCCUUACGGGCCGUCGAUCUUCGACGAAACCAUGGAGGCCAUCGUAGUCAGGUCUUCCCAAUUCAUACGACACAAUUAUUACGAAUAAUUGAAUUUGUCUGGUUCGUUCUUCCUAGUCUUCUUGUUGAAUAACAGCAGCUCGAAGUUAAACUCAGUCGAUUCGUUGUUGCACAGCCAGGAGACGUUUCCUGGAGGGAUAUCGGUCAACAGGAAGAGGGCCGAGAAUGGCUUAGCCCAGUUGACGGUUAGAAACGAUGAAAACGUGUCCCGUUUGUGGAUCUCUGAACAAUGCCAGAGGUUUACGACUUAAUCUCUCUCUCUCUCUCUCUCUGUAUUUACGCAGAUAGAAGUGGUCGACCUGGUAUCGGACGAGCGAGGGGGGGAGAAGAUCAGCUCUUCCACACUGAGGAGGACCGAGAGCGAGACGACCUAG